AUGAGAAUGAACGUGGGACUUGGGCGCGGGGAAAGCACAGGCGAGCAGCAUAGAGUACGGUUUGCGUUGAAGGAAUACGUAAGAAGGGAGUGAGAAGAGGGGCGCCUGGCAAGACGAUCCAUGGAAGCCAAGGAAGUGCCUGCUGCCCACCACUGCGCCGCAGACUCUGCCACCGGGGAUGAGCCCAGAGCCCUCCCGGGCACAGAGCUUAUCCCCAGGAGAGCUGUCAGUCGCUCUCCAACCUGCGCCCGCUGCCGAAACCACGGCGUCACUGCGCACCUCAAGGGCCACAAGCGCCUGUGCCUCUUUCAGACUUGCGAGUGUCACAAAUGUGUCCUCAUCUUGGAGCGCCGAAGGGUCAUGGCUGCCCAGGUGGCCUUGCGUAGGCAACAGGAGGCACAGCUAAAGAGGCACCUGGCUCAGGGACUCAUGAGGAGAGGGGCGGCCCCUCCCAAAGCUCCUAGCCAUGCCAAGAAGGGAGCCACUCGACCAGGGGUCCCCUCUGGAAAGGAGAACAUAGCACCCCAGCCUCAGACGCCCCAUGGGGCAGUCCCACUGGCACUGACACCCCCUGGGAAGGAUAACUCCCAGGGGCCUCUGCUGCUCAGCCGUCCCCCAGAAGCCUUGCCUUUGUCCUGGACUCCAAUGCCCCCAGGCCCUUGGGCUCCUGGACACUGGCUUCCUCCAGGCCUUUCCAUGCCACCCCCAGUGGUGUACCGCUUGCUAUACCAAGAACCUACUGUCCCUCUGCAUCCCUUUUCUGACUUUGACCCUGGCACUUCCCUCCGGCUGCCCACUCAUGGACCCCGCCCAACCUGCCCAGGAUCUUGCCCGAUACUGAUGGCUCCUCUUUCCAGAGAAUCCCAAGGGCCCUCUGCCUUGCCCCGCACAUGCUCGACUCUGAUACUCCAGCCCUGUGGCACCCCAGACCCUCUUCUGCUGCAGCCACAGGCGCCUGCAGCCUCUCGCCUAGCCUGGACCUCUGCCCCCUCAGAGCGGCAGCUGCAGCGGGAGGCAGCUGAGGCUCUUGUGGGUCUGAAAGAUUCUUCCCAGGCUCCCCGCCUGACCUCUUCUGUUCCUCCCAACCCUGCCUGGAUCUCCCUGCUCCACCCCUGUGGCCCACCAGCUCCUGCUGGAGGAAGAGGAUUCCAGCCUGUUGGCCCCUCUCUCCGCCCCAGCCCAGCCCCCUCCGUAGCUCUGCAUAUUGGGCAUCUGGGCUCCAUCUCCCUCCUAAGCUAG